AUGCUCUUGCUAUUCCGGCUCGAUGCCGCGGCGGUGGUGCUGCCGCACCCUGACAAGGUGGCGACGGGAGGAGAGGACGCUUGGUUUGCGAGAGGAUCUACAUUUGGGGUCUUCGACGGCGUCGGAGGCUGGGCGGAGCAGGGCAUCGAUCCCGGCCUGUUCAGUCGGGCCUUGGCUGUGGAGACUGCGCGCGAGGUCGCCGGGAUCGAGGGCGCCGAAGCCGCCGAGGAAGACCUUGCGCGCGCGCUCGAUACCGCGCGCUCGAGGGUAACAGCGGUCGGGACCUGCACCGCCUGUCUCGUGCAUCUCUCUGCAAGCGGCAGCCUGACGGCGCUCAACCUCGGCGACUCCGGAUUCCGGCUACUACGUCCGUCGCGCGUGUCGCCGCCGCACCGCCUGGCCGUCACGCUCCGCUCGCGCGAGCAACAGCACCGCUUCAACUGCCCUUUCCAGCUCGGAGUCGGGUCGGGCGAUUCCGCUGCCGACGGCGCUGUUUACUCCGGGGUCGUAAGGGCCGGCGACCUGCUGCUGCUCGUGACGGACGGCGUGACCGACAAUCUGAGCGAGCGGCAAAUCUGCGAGGCGCUCGCGGGUCCGCUCGCGCGCGGCGAGCCUGCGAGGUCUCUCGCCGCCGCCCUCGCGGCGUCGGCUCACGAGGCGAGCCUGCAGCCGGGGAGGAGCUCACCCUUCGCGGCCGCCGCGCAGAAUGCCGGCCUGUCGCACAGCGGCGGCAAGCCAGAUGACGUGACCGUCCUCUGCGUGCGAGUCCUGGACGGCUCAUAG